UUUCCGUCAAUACUCCGCGAGAAAUCGGUCGACUCACUGUUACGAACCGCCCGCAGAAACUCACAGAGUUGAAGAAACGAAUGGCGGCUUCUCUGCAACUCAACGCCAGGGCUUUCCGGCCCUAUUUCCCACUAAACACUGUUUCCCGGUCUCUGUCCAAACAAUCACCCAAACCGGGUCGGAUCAGGUGCGCCGCUACUACACCGUCCAAACGCUAUACCAUCACUCUGCUUCCCGGAGAUGGCAUUGGUCCCGAGGUCAUCUCCGUCGCCAUCAACGUCCUCAAGCUCACCGGUUCUCUCGAAGGGAUUGAAUUUAAGUUCCAAGCAAUGCCUGUGGGUGGAGCUGCUUUGGAUCUGACUGGAGUGCCAUUGCCGGAGGAGACGCUUUCAGCUGCAAAGAAAUCGGAUGCAGUUUUGCUUGGGGCAAUUGGAGGGUAUAAAUGGGAUAAAAAUGAAAAGCACUUGAAGCCAGAGACUGGGUUACUACAACUUCGGGCUGGCCUGAAAGUUUUUGCAAAUUUGAGGCCGGCAACUGUUUUACCACAGUUAGUGGAUGCUUCAACUUUGAAAAAAGAGGUUGCAGUAGGUGUUGACCUAAUGGUUGUAAGAGAGCUUACUGGAGGUAUUUAUUUCGGAAAGCCCAGGGGUUUCAGCAUCAAUGAGAAUGGUGAGGAGAUUGGCUUCAAUACUGAGGUGUAUGCCGCUCACGAGAUUGAUCGCAUUGCUCGUGUGGCAUUUGAGACUGCUCGGAAGCGGCAUGGAAAACUUUGCUCUGUUGACAAAGCGAAUGUAUUGGAGUCAUCGAUCCUUUGGAGGAAAAGAGUAACAGCCAUAGCCUCAGAAUAUCCUGAUGUUGAACUUUCACACAUGUAUGUUGAUAAUGCCGCAAUGCAGCUUGUUCGGAACCCAAAACAGUUUGAUACAAUUGUAACAAACAACAUAUUCGGGGACAUUUUGUCUGAUGAGGCUUCAAUGAUUACUGGAAGUAUUGGGAUGCUUCCAUCUGCUAGUCUGGGUGAAUCGGGACCUGGACUCUUCGAACCUAUUCAUGGUUCUGCUCCUGAUAUUGCUGGACUGGAUAAGGCAAAUCCAUUAGCAACGGUGCUCAGUGCUGCCAUGCUUUUGAAGUACGGUCUAGGGGAAGAAAAUGCUGCCAAGAGAAUUGAGACUGCGGUACUGGACACUUUGAGUAGGGGUUAUCGAACUGGUGACAUAUACUCGGAUGGAAAUAAGUUGGUGGGAUGCAAGGAAAUGGGGGAAGAGGUACUGAAGUCAGUAGAUUCCCAAGUUCCUUCUCCAGUAUGAAUGGAAACUGGAUGAAAGAAUGGGCUAAUAUGCAUGGACCAUUUGUUAUAUGUAUUCCAACAGUCUCCACAAUGAGGAAGCCAUGGUUCUAAGUUCAGGCACUGCUACUUCUAGCUCAUCUAGUUUUGCGAUUCUUCGGACUGAAUAUGAUUGUGUCCUUGUAACAGUUAAGAGGAUUUUGAAUUGAGGAUUUUCAAUUAUCGUUUUAGUUUCCAAAUAACUUAUCAAAAUCAUUCUAGUUUUCAACUACAAUCUCAAUGUUAUGCAAUUGUCUAGGAAUCCUAAUGGACAUGCUCUGUUGUAUGUGUUGUGCUUAGUAAUGUUUCUUUAUGGGCAGUUGAAAGCCUAAAUCAUUGA